AUGACAUCUACAAAUGAUAGAAAUACCCCUGCUGUAAUAAUGAAGGAUAAGAAUUUGGAACUUCAGAAAAGUGGAGAUUCUGCUCAACCAGAGGAUAUGGAUAUGACUGAAGAAUAUGUGGCCUUAAAGGAAGAGAUUGAUGGAUAUGUUGCUCAUAUAUUAAGUGAAAUCGAUGAGGAAGCUAAUUUGGGUGAUUUAGCUAAGGCUAUUCAGAAUUCUACUAGUAGUAUGACAUCAGUUCCUAAAGCUUUGAAAUUGUUAGGAACACAUUUUGAAUCCUUGAGAGACCAUUAUGAGAAGAAUACCUUUAAAACUCCAUCACAUAGUGCUAUAUGUUUAAGUUUACUGGCUGAAAUUUUAUCGAUACUAUGUACAACAUUGGGUGAUAUUAAAGAACGGAAUGCGCUUAAGUUUCGUUUAUUAUCAAAUCGCUUUGAUAAUUUGCAAAAUUGGGGUCAAGAAUAUAUGCGGAAUUUAGGAGGUGAAAUAGGACUCGAAUAUAAUGAGAGAAUAUCAAAUAAUAACACUAAUGUUGAUGAUUUACUAUCUUUAGUGAAAACUAUUGUUCCCUAUCAAAUUAGUAAACAUGGAGAAAUUGAGGCCAUUGAUCUAUUAUGUGAAGUUGAACAAAUAGAGACAUUGCUAGAAUAUCUACAAGAUAUGAAUGAUGAGCAAGUAGAACGUAUAGUUCUGUAUUUACAACAAUUAUCGCUAUAUUCUGCUUCUAAUUCGGAAUGUCAAAUGUAUUUAGUACUUUGCUUUGAGAUUCUACUUAAGUUUAAAAAGUACACAAGUGCAAUUAGAAUGGCCUUUAAGAUCAAUGAAGAACGUGAUGAGAGUACUUCACGUAUUCUACGCGUCUUACAGGACCUUAUUAUACAUAAAAAAUCAAUGUCAGACUCAGGGGCUAUAUUAGAGAAUGAAGUACCAUUGGCAAGUAUUGUAAAGCAAAUUUCAUUUCAACUUGCUCGCUUUGGAAGUCCGGUUUCACUAGAGAAGAUAAUAUCUUGUCUUAAUUCUAAAGCUCAAUUUUCAGAUCAAGAACUAGACAUAAUUCAGCAGAUACUGUCUAAUGAAUUAUUAUCCAAGCAUUAUCGCUAUCUAGGAAAGGAAUUAGAUGUUUUAGAGGCAAAAAGUCCUGAUGAUGUAUAUAAAACACACCUAGAAGAGAGAAACAAGAAUUCCAGCAGGUCUAUGGUCGUAAUUGAUACUGCAAAGCAAAAUUUAGCUUCUACAUAUGUCAAUGCUCUAGUAAAUUUGGGUUUUGGUUCAGACAAACUUUUGACUGUAGAAGAUUCUACCUGGUUAUAUAAAAAUAAAGAUUCCGGAACAUUAGCUGUUAGUGCUUCACUAGGAGCAAUAUAUCUGUGGGAUAUCGAUCAAGGAUUAGCUAAUAUUGAUAAAUAUCAAUGGAGUAAUGAAGGGUUUACUAAAGCAGGAGCUCUAAUAGCUUUUGGCUUGAUGUCUACUAGAAUUCAAAACGAUUGUGAUCCGGCUUUAGCUUUAUUGUCAGAACAUGUAGAACCUGGAGAUGGGACAGCAGAACUAAUGGCUGAUACACAAAGUGAAGUAAUUAGAUCUAAUUCUCCCAAUUAUACUGUUAAGAUGGGAGCUGUGCUUGGACUAGGUUACUCUUAUAUUGGGACUGCUAGAGUAGAUAUAUUGGAACUCCUCAUACCUGUUCUUAUGGAUCCAUAUUCUAGUUUCGAAUGUUCAGCUAUUGCUGCCUUAUCUUUGGGAUUUGUAUUUGUAGGUACAGCAAAUCAAUCUGUUGUUGAAGCUGUAUUAGAUGUGCUCAUAACUCUUAGUAGCCAAGAACAAUCCAAAGAAUCUGAAGGUAACUCUGAAAAUACAGCACUUUUAGAUGACCCAUUAGCUAUUUUGUAUGGUAUUUGCUUGGGAUUAUUAUUUUUAUGUAAAAGGGAGAUUAUUGAUCCUACUCUUGAAGCUCUAAAAACCGUAACACAUCAUAUAGGCUCUUAUUGCGAACAGACAGUUAUUGGAUGUGCAUACACAGGCUCUGGUGAUGUUCUUCAAGUUCAAUAUCUUCUUAGAACACUUGCUCAACAAAAAACUAACAAAGAUCAACAAUUAGAUGAUACAGAUGAAGAUUUAGAUGAAGAUAGCAAUUUAGUAGCUCUAGUAUCAGUCUUGAAUAUUGCUUUAAUAUGUAUGUGCGAAGAUGUAGGAUGCGAAAUGGCACACAGAAUAUUUGAUAAUAUUCUACAGUACUCAUCCAUUAUAGUUAGACGAGCAAUCCCAAUUGCACUUGCUACUCUUUCUAUUGGAAAUCCGAAGCCUAUUGUUAUUGAUACUGUAUCCAAAUUAACUCAUGAUGGUGACUCGGAUGUUGCAUUGAAUGCCAUCUUUGCUCUGGGGCUCAUAGCAGCUGGAACUAACAAUGCACGUGCUGCAAAUUUAUUGAGACAACUAGCAUCUUAUUACAGUAAAGAUUCAAAUGCUUUAUAUGCAGUUAGAAUAGCUCAAGGGCUUUUAUAUAUGGGAAAAGGUCUUGUUACAAUAAAUCCCUUGUAUAAUGAUAGAUUUAUUUUCAACCCAAUUAGUCUAGCUUCAAUGAUAUCAAUUCUUCACUUGGGUCUCAAAUCUAAAACUAUGCUCUUUGGCAACUAUCACUACUUGAUCCUUAAUAUUAUCCCUGCAGCUCUUCCUAGGAUGGCAAUCACGCUUAAUGAACAAUUAGAACCUAUACAUGUUCUUGUAAGAGUUGGACAGGCUGUAGAUACUGUAGCACAAGCUGGAAACCCCAGGAAGAUUACCGGAUUUCAAACCCAUAAUACUCCUGUUUUACUUGGAUCUAAUGAAAAAGUUGAAAUAGCUGUUGAUGAUGAAUACAUACCUUUGGUAAACAUUGUAGAAGACGUCACAAUUAUCCACACUGUAGAAAAAAAUCGAACUUAGGGACUAAUUUUCAAAAAGAUAUUAAGUACGAAAGAAAAUCAUAUGUACAUAGCUCCCCCCGAACUUAUUAAGAAUAAACUAAAUAAUUUACUAAAAUUCUAAUGAUAGGAAAAAA